UUUCCUCCUCGCCAUGGCGGAGAUUUUGGAGUUCCGUGUCCCAACUGGCCCUGGCCGGACCCUCCUCGUUUUGGGACUGGAGACCGACGCCACGGAGCAUGCGCUGUAUUUAGCGCUUUCUGCUUUUGGGCCGCUCUACUCCGUCAGGCUUCACAGAAAUGCCGCUGUUGCCGGUCCUGGCUAUUAUGCCCUUGUCAAGUACUACUCCGCCAGAGAUGCCAGCAGAGCGCAACUCGCGUGCCACCGGCAGCCGCUGUUUCAGAAAUCCGCUUUGAAGGUUACUCCACCACGUAGUCUGGGGUUGGUGGUGUUUAUGACUCAUACUGAGCCACUGACCCCUCAGACGUCUCUGCAGUGUGAUGCUGGGGAAGGGAAGAAUGCCUUCUUGCAUGCCCAUGUCGACGAGGGGACCCCGUCAUAUGCACUCCAGGACAUCUCUGGCUUUGAAGCGGAGGAGGAGAACGAAGGGGAAGACUCCGGGGCUUUGCCGGAGAGCCAGUGCUGCAAGUAUCUGUGCAUUCAAGAAUUAACUCUCCCGCAACACGGCAUCUGCGCCAGAGGGAUCGGAGUGGCCGAGACGCCUGUAGACCCCAGCCAAGAAAACGGGAAGGUGGCUGUGGAGUUCGUCUCCCCCCAAGAGGACCUCGUAGACUGUUUAGCAGAUGAAGAGCUCAAGGGGCUCCUCCAGGUGACUGACUUGUCGUUCUCGCAACUGAAUCCUGAAGGAGAGGAGGAGGCCUUGUCUGACUUCAGCAUGGAUGGAGAAUAGCCACUGGGUGUCCUCAUGUUAGACUGGGAGGGCUUCGUCUGACCCCUAUGUCCAGUUUUCCUCUCCGUGCUAUUUAAGAGCAGGUGUCCCAGCCUUCCAAGUAUGUUCCAUGGUCUGGAAGCCGAUUCCAUUGUUCUCCUAAGAUCUGCACCUGAAUCCUCUGACACAACACCGCCCUAUCUGAUGGUUUAACUCUUCUGUAAUGACCUGUUUGUUUGUGAAGGUUGUGCAUAGGCCAUAGGGAGUGGUUCAUCAUUUC